GGAAACUCGCCAAAAAAUGGGAGCCCAGGCCGUACUACUGUGCGACCAUGUAAAGUACAACAGUGCGGGUACAGUGGAGUUCUUGGUGGACUCAGAGAAGAACUUCUACUUCUUGGAAAUGAACACGCGUCUGCAGGUGGAGCAUCCUGUGACAGAAUACAUCACCGGAGUUGAUCUGGUGGAGCAGAUGAUCCGGGUGGCUGCUGGCCACAAGCUCAUUCACAAACAGAGCGAUAUCAAAAUCAAAGGGUGGGCUAUGGAGAGUCGAGUGUACGCCGAAGAUCCCACCAAAAUGCUUCCGUGCAUUGGUAACCUCGAGGGUUACAUCCCCCCCCAAGAUCUGGACGGCGACUUAAGUGUGCGUGUCGAUACAGGUGUGAUGGAGGGUAGUGAAAUCUCCAUCUACUACGACCCUAUGAUCAGUAAGCUCAUCACCUACGGCAAGGACCGUAACACAGCCAUUGAGAAGAUGAAGCACGCGUUGGAUACAUAUUACAUCAAAGGUGUAACGCACAAUAUCCCGCUGCUCAGAGAUAUCGUAUCUCACCCUCGAUUCCAGGUGUGUGUACCUGUCUCUAUGCGUAUUGGUAUCAUUGACUGA